AUGCUUGUGUGUGCCCGCAGUCAUAGGAGGUACAGGUCUGCAAACCAUUGCAGUGUUUCGAGGAUCCGCAGAAGCUCUCCCACUACAUGCAACUCACGUGCUAGCUGCAUGCCGGGAGAUAUCGCCCGUCGCCAGUCCGGGCAUCAUCGCCUGCUGGUCUGCCUCCUCGGAGGAGUUCCUCCAGAUGUGUGCACGGACUGCAUCCCACUGUGCCACGACUCAAACGUUUGCAGCGUGCUCGCGUACGGCUAUCGCCACUAUGUCAUGUAUGUGCAACACCCGUUCUUGUGCAAUCAACCACCUGUUGCGCGGUUUCCCGCAUUCCCGGGCCAGGUCACGCCACAUCUCGGAGCAGGUGCCAGGGAGUGCCUUGCGCAAUUACGGGGAGGUGCCCGAGGGCGGCGUGACACUUGUGGCGUGGAGCUGUCUGUUCAUGCUCGCUGA